GUCACCGAAACAGGGUUUAUUUCCAGAAUACUAGAGUUUGUUUCUGCUAUUAGUUGAAUUACUGAUAUCUAGUACGUACUUCGGGUUGGGAGAAACUGUUUAAGUGAUAGAAAUGGCACCACCUCCACCUAUAAUAAUCGAUGCUUAUCAAGUGUCCCAGUUGACGGGGUCCAUUUCAUUAGCUUGUUGGAUUAUUGUGUUUGCUCCUCAAAUAUAUGAGAACUUUAGAAGAAAGUCGGCUGAAGGGUUAUCCUUAAUGUUUGUAAUCCUUUGGUUAGCCGGGGAUGUCUUUAAUGUAUUGGGGUCGAUUUUACAAGGAGUUCUUCCGACCAUGAUUAUUUUAGCAAUUUACUAUACAUUGGCCGAUGUUGUUCUACUUUGGCAAUGUUUGGUUUACGGCCACGGAGACUCUAACCCUGAUUAUGUUCACUUGUCUCCUGCCAAUCCUAUGAAUGAAGAUGUUUUAGAAACCGUGUUAUCACGCCCAGAGGAACCUGAACAACAAGAGGGUGCUAAUAUUGAUGAGGAGUCACAAAUUUCCAAGUCGGAUUCUCUUUCUCCAUUAAUGACGACUCUUUACAAGAGUCUUAUGGUACUUCUUGUGAUUUCUGCCGGGUUGAUUGGCUGGUAUAUAUCUUAUUUGAAGGAUGCCAAUAAAAAACACCAUAAGAAACCUCAAGAUUUAGUUUAUGAUCCAUUAGCUCAAUUUUUUGGUUGGUUAUGUGCAUUUUUAUACUUGGGUUCUCGUAUUCCUCAAAUUUUACUUAAUUUUAAACGUAAAUCUUGUGACGGUAUCUCAUUUAUGUUUUUCCUUUUUGCAUGUUUAGGUAAUUUAACCUAUGUUAUCUCCAUUUUAGCCAUUGAUACUUCUUGGUAUUAUCUUUGGGUUAAUUCUUCUUGGUUAGCUGGUUCGUUUGGUACUUUGGCUUUGGACUUUACCAUUUUCAUUCAAUUUUUUCUCUAUAACGAAAAUGAAAACUAUGAUAAUUAUAACGAGUCUGAUUGUGACAGCUGUUCGGCAAAUGAAAUUACAAAUACUUCUGGUCCAUCAAGAACUAAAAAGAAUGGAGGCACUUUAGAAGAACGCAGAUUGUUGAAUGGUGAUGCCGUCUCUUCCGACAAUAACCAUGCUUAUGGCUCUACCAACUAGUCUCUAUAUAUGUACUUUUAGACAUUGUCC